UCUUUAGUGUACGCAUGACUGCUCUACGGUUCUCUGGUUUAUAUGAACAAUUUCUACUUUCUAGUCAAUAGGAACUAGGGUACUAGUGUAGUCCUAUGGGAAAACACUACGUGCUAAAGGUGCACAUUCAAGAUUUUGGAUACUGGCGUACCUUAUCGCCAACCGAGUGACAUAACGACGGAAAUUUGUGGAUGGAAAACAUAGGUUACCUAUUCAAUUCGCUAUGUUCGUUAUCAGUUACUUUGCGUGCACGUCUAUAUAAUUGCACUUGUUUGAGUCCAUAUUCAUUGCAUAUAUACGUCAACAAUUGUUUUCAGCAUGCCCCAUGCAACCAGGAAGUGGGAAAUAUAUCCAGGAAGAAACCGUUUUUGUUGUGAAGGAAGGAUAAUGAUGGCUAAACAAGUUGGAAUAUUCUACGUUACAGUUGGACUAAUUGUUGCAACGAGCUGCACCUUCUUCAUAUUUGACUGUCCGUUUUUAGCUGUUAAAAUUACCCCAGCCAUUCCUGCUGUCGGGGGUCUCCUGUUUACCUUUGUCCUUGCAACUCUUUUUCGAACGUCGUUUUCCGACCCAGGGGUCAUUCCUCGAGCCACUCCGGAUGAAGCGGCGGAUAUUGAAAAACAAAUAGAAGUUCCGAACAGUCCGAACAGUCCAACGUAUCGCCCACCACCUCGGACAAAGGAAGUCGUCGUUUGUGGUCAAGUUGUAAAAUUAAAAUUCUGCUUUACCUGUAAAAUAUUUCGCCCUCCAAGAGCAUCUCAUUGUAGUAUCUGCGAUAAUUGCGUUGAUGGCUUUGAUCAUCACUGCCCUUGGAUCGGCAACUGUGUGGGCCGUAGAAACUAUCGAUAUUUUUAUUCCUUCAUCGUCUCCCUAGCGUUCAUGUGCGUCUUCAUUUUUGCAUGCGCCGUCACGCACCUCGUCCUGUUAACUAGAGAUGACAAACCAUUUCUAGAUGCCAUUAAGGAAUCCCCUGCCAGUGUUCUUGUUGCGAUAGUAUGUUUCUUUAGCGUCUGGAGUGUAUUGGGAUUGGCUGGCUUCCACACAUACUUAACGACUUCCAAUCAAACUACCAAUGAAGACAUUAAAGGAUCAUUCACCGGCAAACGUGGCCAAGAAAAAGUUAAUCCAUACAGCAAAGGGGGCGUGUGUGCAAAUUGCUUAUUUAUAUUGUGCGGCCCAAUGCCUCCAAGUUUUAUAGAUAGACGUGGUUUUGUGACACCAGAGCAUUCAAUAGCACCACCAAUCGAUUCCGUUCCAACAACAUCUCCGACCUCUGCUGUACCUAUUCAAGGAAGCAGCGAAGUUCGGCUCCUGAGUAAUGGGAAAGGACAUGUCACGGUCAGUGUCUCCAAUACCGGAUCGAGAAAACAAGCUAUUGGCUCUAUUCAGGAACCUAAACGACCGGAAGUCGAGUCAGGCGUGUCUCUUCAACCAUUAUCUACCCUGUCGGCUAGCAGUCUGCAGUUGCUCCAUGAAAGAACAAUGAUAAACACCGACUUGGACCUCGAUUCUCUGGAUGAAUCGGCUUCUUCAAAUCCCUGUCAUGUUCAUUUGGAAUCGGCCAGCGUUACGAGCAGUCAAACGGGUCUGCUUCAUCCGCUGGUUCCUCGUUAUAAUGGUUUAUAGCUAACAACCAGUCAAUCGUCUAUCAUUUAUAUGAACAGUUCGUACCCAUCUUAUUUUUCAUUUGUGGUCACAAGCAUGACUCUUCGUCAUUCCCUAAAUCUGUGUAUCGUUUACUCGCUAUUCAUGUAAACUCCGUUGCUUUUGCGAUCAUGAGUAAAUUGUUAAUCAAA